GAUUCCGCGCGGCGUGUCACCGCUCGAGCCCACGCAGGCGUUGCCGCCGGGUCACGCGGAAACAUUAACGGACGCCGCCGAAGUCUCUCAGCAGGGGGAAGGUGGAGAGAUAAAGAAAAAGAAGUUAAUGCGAAAAUGUUGGUCUGACUAAAUGUGACAGUUCCUCAUUUCUAGUCCUCGACCCCAAAGAAUAUGCCAAAUUGCAGAAAAGAAACCCUACUGGCCACGUGUCAGUGGAGAGAGUUCCAGCCUGUGCAUAGUAGAUCACUCAGAGGAUAGUGGGCCUCCCCACCCAAGGCUUUCUGAACCAUGGCCGCCCAGCAUGCAUUCUUUAUGCAGAUUCCUCCUGACAGACUUUAGGCUUGACAUGUCCUGCACAAAUUCAGGAAGUGGUAGCAUCACGAGAGCAAGACCAGGUUUGUUGUCUCUCGCUCCGGAGUGUCCUGGUUUUACAUGUUAACCCUGACCUGAGGAGUGGUAAGGGUGUUGAAAGAUGGCAGUAUGGAUCCAGGCGCAGCAGCUGCAGGGGGACGCGCUGCACCAAAUGCAGUCCCUCUACGGGCAGCACUUCCCCAUCGAGGUGCGCCACUACCUGUCCCAGUGGAUCGAAAGCCAGCCAUGGGAUUCUGUCGACCUUGAGAAUCCCCAAGAGGAGUUUAAGGCCAAGCGUCUGCUGGACAGCCUGGUCCAGGAGCUUCAGAAGAAGGCAGACCACCAGGUUGGUGAGGACGGCUUUCUGCUGAAGAUCAAGCUGGGUCACUAUGCCAGUCAGUUGAAGAGCACAUACGACCGCUGUCCAUUAGAGCUGGUGCGAUGCAUCAAGCACAUUCUCUACACAGAGCAAAGGCUGGUGCGGGAGGCGACAAACCAGUCAAUCUCCCCGGUGGGUGGCAUGAUGGACAGCAUGUCUCAGAAGUACCAACAGAUCAACCAGGCCUUUGAAGAGCUGCGGGUGAUGACUCAGGACACAGAUAACGACCUGCGCAAGCUUCAGCACCACCAGGAGUACUUCAUCAUCCAGUACCAAGAGUCCCUUCGCAUUCAGGCCCAGUUGAGCAGUCUCGCCAGCCUGCCCCCUGCUGACCGGCAGCUGCGGGAGCCCAGCCUGCAGAGCAAGCGGGCCACUGUGGAAGCCUGGCUCACUCGGGAGGCCAACACACUACAGAAAUACAGAUUGGACCUGGCAGAGAAACACCAGAAGACUCUGCAGAUGCUCCGGAAGCAGCAGACCAUCAUCCUAGAUGACGAGCUCAUCCAGUGGAAGAGACGGCAACAGCUGGCCGGCAAUGGCGGCCCACCCGAGGGGGGGCUGGACAUUCUGCAGUCUUGGUGUGAGAAGCUAGCGGAGAUGAUCUGGCAGAACCGGCAACAAAUCCGGCGGGCAGAGCACUUGAGGCAGCAGCUCCCCAUCCCUGGCCCUAUCGAGGAGCUGCUGACGGAACUCAACAGCACCAUCACAGACAUCAUCUCGGCGCUCGUCACCAGCACCUUCAUCAUCGAGAAGCAGCCGCCGCAGGUUCUCAAGACGCAGACCAAGUUCGCGGCCACCGUGCGGCUGCUCGUAGGGGGGCGGCUCAACGUGCACAUGAACCCGCCCCAGGUGAAGGCCACCAUCAUCAGCGAGCAGCAGGCCAAGGCGCUGCUGAAGAACGAGAACACCCGGAAUGAAAGCAGUGGUGAGAUUCUCAACAACAACUGCGUGAUGGAGUACCACCAGACCACCGGGACGCUAAGCGCCCACUUCAGGAACAUGUCCUUAAAACGGAUAAAGCGCUCAGACAGGCGUGGGGCGGAGUCUGUGACAGAGGAGAAGUUCACUAUUCUGUUCGAAUCCCAGUUCAGUGUGGGCGGCAAUGAGCUGGUUUUUCAAGUGAAGACAUUAUCACUUCCUGUUGUGGUGAUUGUCCACGGUAGUCAAGACAACAAUGCCACAGCAACCGUUCUUUGGGAUAAUGCCUUUGCAGAGCCGGGCCGGGUACCGUUCCUUGUUCCGGAUAAGGUGCUGUGGCCGCAACUUUGCGAAGCCAUCAACAUGAAGUACAAGGCAGAGGUGCAGAGCAACCGGGGACUGUCCGAGGAGAACCUGGUCUUCCUGGCCCAGAAAGCCUUCAGCAACGGCAGCAUUAACCCGGAGGACUACCGAAACAUGACCAUCUCCUGGUCGCAGUUCAACAGGGAGAGCUUGCCAGGGCGGAACUUCACCUUCUGGCAGUGGUUUGAUGGAGUCAUGGAACUCACCAAAAAGCACCUAAAGCCUCACUGGAGCGACGGGGCCAUCCUCGGCUUUGUGAACAAGCAACAGGCUCAGGACAUGCUCAUGUCCAAGCCCAACGGCACCUUCCUGCUGCGCUUCAGCGACUCGGAGAUCGGCGGCAUCACCAUCGCCUGGGUGGCUGAUAACCCAAACAAAGCAGGAGAGAGGAUGGUUUGGAACCUAAUGCCGUACACGUCCAAAGACUUCUCUAUCCGCUCCCUGGCUGAUCGCAUCAGCGACCUCAACCACCUCCUGUUCCUGUACCCCGACCGGCCCAAAGAUGAUGUUUUCUCCAAAUACUACACCCCGCCACUGUCAAAACCAGUGGAUGGCUACGUCAAACCACAGAUCAAACAGGUGGUACCGGAGUUCACCACUGCCAACCCUGAUCCAUCCAGCGUGAACCCCACCUACAUGGAACACGCGGCCUCGCCGGCAGUCAGUCACUCGCACAGCUAUGGCAUCUACCCUCCCAUGAACGAUCCAAUGCUGGAUACGGAAGGGGAGUUCGACCUGGAUGAUACCAUGGAUGUGGCGAGGCACGUGGAGGAACUGCUGCGACGGCCCAUGGAAAACCAAUGGAGUGGACAGCAGUCAUGACCUCUGACAAAGCGAAAAUCAAUCACUUUCAGUUUAUAAAGAUUUAAUUCCAUAGUUUUCCGCUCUUACACUUUAGAAAACGUGAAACAGUCGCCGUGAAUACUUUAUUUUGUUUUUCCAUUUCAGCAUGCUAAUUGCAUGUUCCUCACAAUAUUCCCCUCCCCCAAACGCAUCUAGAAAUUAGACAAAAACUUCGCGGGAAAAUACAGCUUGUUGCCUACACACCCAAAACCUCCGUACUAAAUCUGUAAAUUUCAGCCUAUAUUUCUAAGAAUUAUUUUUGAUGAGUCAAAAAUGACAAAGAAGGAACUAUAGAGAUAAGCCGUUUAAGUAUUUUUGACUGUACUUUUGGUAAAGGUUCAUCAGGUUGUGUGAGUAGGUGCAGUCCACAACGUUAUCGCCUUAUGUGAAAUGGCAUUCAUGUUACUUUGGAGAGUUUUCAGGUUGAAAUGUACAAUAUUCCAGUGAAUUAUAACAAAAGGACAUAAGGUGAGUUUUUACAAAAGCUGUAAGGAUCGAAUGUCCCGUGUAGCGAUCAAGCGCUUACUGGAAGAUCUGGUGUGACCCUGCACCCCUUUUCUGGAAACCACAUUGCGAUUGUCACGUGUUUCUUGUGACACAUACGUCACCGUACGUGCUGGAUUCGGGCUUCUUGUAACACGUACCGUGUUGCACGUCCCUGGAAAACCCUCACCUGCUCGGAUGGCCAACAUCACAUCUCUAAAACCCAGCUAGUCCAUAGCUGCCCCCCUGAUUUACUUAGCUAGCUGAUGCUAAGUAAUCAUGCCAGGGAAGCGCUAAGGGCAGGCGGGGUCCUCACCUCAGUUGCAGGGCAGGAUCCUGUUACAAUACCAAUAGUACACUAACGAAAUCUUCCUUGCAUACAUCUCUAACCAGCUUUCAUGAAGUGGUUGAAUUAUCCCCCCCCCCCCCCCCCCAAAAAAAAAAAUAAAAAAAGUAAAUAAUAAUAAUAAAAAAAAAACAUGGAAGUACAUUCAAGUUAAGAAGGGCCGAAGGUGCAUUUGAAGGGGGCACUUCCAGCCAGAACGGUCAACCUAACGAGACUGCACAUCAUCAGCUUCCUGCCGCUGGAAGUGACAAGCGGACGUCCGCAUUCCCUGCUCCUGCUGCUCACCGACAAGCCAAUAUGUCUGAGGGAUGAGCGCUAUACUAAGGCUGCAUCUCGUUGAUAUAGAGAUGGCUGAUUUGAGGGGUUUCUGUCUAUACAUUACAUGACUUUUUUUGCAGGGGAAAGUAUUUUAUUACAUUCUCUGCUGUUCCCCUCUGGUUUGUGACCACUGUGUGAGAGUAGAACAGAGAUAGUGGAAGCCACAAAAAGCCAUAAUAUAGAAUGGAAUCAGUCACUCGUUUUUGUUUUUUUUUUUUAUUUUGGGAUGCGUUCAUUUUUAUGCAGAGUUUAUUAUGAUUUGGUCACCAAAUUGUGCGCAUUGUUUAAUUACUGCCAUUUGGAGAAGGAAUUCAGCGAUGUGUAUCGUGUGACGUUUUCCCCUUUUUUAUUGUUAAUGUCAGUAUUGUUAUUUUUAAUCCAAAUCGUUCUGUGUUUCACUCUGCCUACUGUUGUGUAAUCGUGAAUCGUGGUCAGUUCUGUGUUCGUCCGUUUGUUGGCGCUUGAAUUUCAGCACUUGGACAUAAUACAGGAAACCCGAAAUGGUAAUAGUUUUAUAAAUAAUUUGAAUAGUCCAGGGUGAUUGAACAUGAUGCAUAUUAAAUAAAUGUGCUUUAGACUGUUUUGUUAGCAGUCGUAAAUACA